ACAUAGGGAUCAUUUGUGAAAUGAGAUUACAGGCAUUUAUCUGGGAAACAGGAGGCUGCUUUAUGUAAUUGAUAUCCUGGAGAAUAAUGCUGUACAAUAAUCAAGACAGAUCUUCUAUUCCCCCCACCUCCUGUGAUUUGAUUAGGUGGGGAGAAAUAGCCCUUCUUUUCCUGCUUGAGCAAUAAAGCCCCUUAUCCACAUGGAAUAAGCUCCAGACCAUGUUUUCUGUUAUGCUUGAAUAUAUGGGACAUGCAUUGCAAUCCUAUGCUUGCCACAAUGCUGCAGUAUAGUUGUUUUGCAGAGCUGUGUAGCAGGCUAGUCAAAGCUGUGACUAACGAGGUCCUUCCUUGGAUACAUAGUUCAGUCUCUGGCCCUCCUUUUUUAAAAACAAUGCAUUUGAAUCAUUCACCGAUUGCAUAUUUUUCCUGAUCUGUGUGAGGCUUCACGCUCUCUGCCUGGAUGCUGCCUGCAGUACAGCAAGACCCUCGGAUACGAGUCACAGUGUACACUCUGUGGUGAACCUGAAGGUUUGGAUUCUCUAACAGGGAAUGCAUUUUCAGAGGAAGACGGUGGUGACCUCCUCAAGACGGGGAUCAGUUUUCCAGGAACGCCAGAGGAAGAACUAGAUUUUGUUGUAUUCUAUGGAAUCCAAUUUUUCAUAUAAAAAUGGAGUUUGGGGGCCACCUCUUUGAAAAGACCAGCCAUACUCAUGGUCUCCUCAGCACUUCGAUGAGGAAUCAUAUUCUCCUGUUUCAAGGAACAUGAAAGGAUUAUCUGGCAGUCACAACCAGCCACAGCUAUGUUCUGCUCAUACUUGUGGUUUAGCAUCCCCUGAAGAUUGUGAACACCCCCACGACCAUCUUCACCAUGGCCAGGAGUCAAGGCAAUCAUAUCUUCUCAGCCCCACGGAGAGCUGCCCGAUGGACCACCAUCGCUGCUCGCCGCGAAGCUCCAUCCAUUCAGAAUGCAUGAUGAUGCCCAUGGUUAUGGGCGAUCAUAUGUCCAGUAGCACUUUCCCCAGAAUGCACUACACCUCACAUUACGAUACCAGGGACGAUUGCACCAUGUCUCAUGCUAACACUAAGAUUAACCGGAUCCCUGCAAAUCUGCUGGAUCAGUUUGAGAAGCAGCUUCCUCUCCACAGGGAUGGCUUUCAUACUCUGCAGUACCAGAGGACCUCAACGGCCGCCGAACAACGCAGUGAAAGCCCAGGGAGAAUACGUCACCUUGUUCAUUCAGUCCAAAAACUUUUCACGAAAUCUCAUUCUUUGGAAGGAUCUUCCAAGAGCAAUGUCAAUGGGACAAAGGGAGAUGGCCGAGGAGAUGACCACCACCACGGACAUCAUUCUAAACAUAGCAAAAGAAGUAAAAGCAAAGAGCGGAAACCUGAGGGCAAGCAUAAAACUGGGAUGAGCAGUUGGUGGAGCUCCGACGACAAUUUGGAUAGUGAUAGCACUUACCGAACACCUAGUGUUGUAAACAGACAUCACCCGGACCAUAUUUCUCAUUGCUACCCUGAAGCUCUUCAGGGACAUUUUGGGGACCUCUCAUUAAAGACUUCUAAAAGUAACAACGAUGUGAAGUGCUCGGCCUGUGAAGGGCUUGCGAUGGCCCCUGAUGGCAAAUACAUGAAAAGGAGUUCUUGGUCUACGCUUACAGUAAGCCAGGCUAAAGAAGCUUAUCGCAAGUCAUCUCUUAACCUAGAUAAGCCUCUAGUUCAUCAGGAAAUCAAACCUUCCCUGAGGCCAUGCCAUUACCUUCAGGUGCCUCAAGAUGAAUGGGGAGGGUACCCUGCUGGUGGUAAAGAUGAGGAGAUUCCCUGCAGAAGGAUGAGAAGUGGAAGUUAUAUUAAAGCCAUGGGAGAUGAGGAGAGUGGAGAUUCCGACACUAGCCCCAAAACAUCACCAAAGGUAGCAGUCCAUCCGGAGUCAUUGUUAAAAUCUAUCGGACAAAGAGCUCUUGGAGACCACCAAAAUCAGAGCUACCUGCAAGCGGCAAGUGAUGUGCCCGGUGGACACAACUUGGAUCCGUCAGCAAACUACAAUUCCCCCAAGUUCCGAUCAAGGAAUCAGAGCUAUAUGAGAGCAGUGAGCACGCUCAGUCAGGCCAGCUGCAUCAGCCAGAUGAGUGAAGCAGAGGUCAAUGGACAAUUUGAAUCUGUUUGUGAAUCAGUGUUUAGUGAAGUUGAAGCUCAGGCCAUGGAUGCCCUCGAUCUGCCGGGUUGUUUCCGAACCAGAAGCCACAGUUACUUGCGUGCCAUUCAGGCGGGCUACUCUCAAGACGACGAAUGUAUCCCUGCAAUGGCAUCUUCCAAUAUCACCUCAACAAUCAGGUCAACAACAGCUGUAACUUACACAAGUUACAAAAAAACGCCACCGCCUGUACCCCCUCGUACAACCUCAAAGCCACUCAUCUCAGUUACAGCACAGAGCAGCACAGAAUCCACCCAGGAUGCCUAUCACGAUAGCCGGACUCAGAGGAUUUCACCGUGGCCUCAGGACGGUCGAGGGAUGUACAAUUCCACGGACAGCUUGGAUAGUAACAAGGCCAUGAACCUGGCUAUGGAAACGGCCGCGGCGCAACGCCACGGGCCUGAGAGCCACGGCCCCUCAGUGCGAACCAGCGACAAGGCCAUCCUCGUGUCAAAAGCGGAGGAGUUCCUUAAGAGUCGGCGCUCUUCGAUAGGGAUUCAGGUGGAAACAGCAACUGAUUCAGAUACCGAGAGCAGAGGCCUACGGGAAUACCACUCAGUAGGAGUGCAAGUGGAAGAUGAUAAACGGCAUGGGCGGUUUAAGCGCUCAAAUAGUGUAACAACAGCGGUUCAGGCUGACCUGGAACUUGAAGGCUUUCCAGGACACAUAACAAUGGAGGACAAGGGACUUCAGUUUGGUGGCUCUUUCCAGCGGCAUUCAGAACCCAGCACCCCUACUCAAUAUGGUGCGGUAAGAACUGUACGGACACAGGGGCUGUUUAGUUACAGAGAAGAUUAUAGGACCCAAGUAGACACCUCCAAUCUCCCACCACCUGAACCUUGGUUGGAACCAGCCAUUGAGACAGUUGAAACAGGGCGCAUGUCUCCAUGUCGACGAGAUGGAUCUUGGUUUAUGAAGUUGCUACAUACUGAGACCAAGAGGAUGGAAGGAUGGUGUAAAGAGAUGGAGAGAGAAGCGGAAGAAAACGAUCUUUCUGAAGAAAUUCUAGGUAAGAUCCGGAGUGCCGUGGGAAGUGCUCAGCUCCUCAUGUCUCAGAAAUUCCAGCAAUUCUAUUGGCUAUGUCAACAGAAUCUGGAUCCCAGUGCGAUGCCACGGCCGACUUCGCAGGAUCUAGCAGGAUUCUGGGACUUGUUACAGCUUUCAAUUGAAGAUGUCAGUAUGAAGUUUGAUGAACUGCACCAGCUGAAACUGAAUGAAUGGAAAAUAAUAGAAUCACCUGAAAGGAAGGAAGAAAGAAAGGUUCCUCCUCCAGUACCAAAGAAGCCCCUCAAAGGAAAAUUCCCUAUCACGCGAGAGAAGUCUCUAGACCUGCCUGACAGACAGCGCCAAGAAGCCCGGAGGCGCCUCAUGGCUGCGAAACGAGCGGCAUCUUUCCGGCAGAAUUCAGCCACAGAGCGUGCAGACAGCAUCGAGAUCUAUAUCCCAGAGGCCCAAACAAGGCUUUGAGGACUAGAACACUGCAUAGUUUCUCCAUCUUUUUUAAAAAAGACAAAAUGAAAGCAAAACGCUUGUACAGUUUGUCUCUUCCCUGCUCAUUUCCCCCCUGCCUUUGGUCACAAUUUCCCCUACUGAAUGAUCCUUGGUGUCGUGUCCUUUGUGCCACGAGCGCAGCGGAAUGCUUUCGGUUUCCUCAGAAUUUGCUGAGCCUCUUGCAAGAACUGCUGUUCUUUUCUCUCCAUUUCUCUCUCCUUUCCUUUCCUUUCCUUUCCUUUCCUUUCCUUUCGGUAUUUAUUAUCAGACUGAACAAUCAGCUCCAAAGGAUAGGGCUUGUUGAGACCUUACUUAUCCAAUAUGUUCUCAGAGGACAACAAGAAACACCUCUUGAGAUGGAACCCAGCUUACCUUUUUUGUUUGUUAUUUAUAUUUUUAUAAAUUAUGUGAUAUCUAGGGAUAAGAAUAACAGACUUUCAAUUGGGUGCAUCUCACCGUUCACCAGAGGCAUUAGCUAUUCCAAGUAGAAGGUGCUACAAAUGUCAAGAGAAAGAAAGAAAGAAAGAAAGAAAGAAAGAACCCAUCUCUCUCUCCUCUCCUAGUCCCUUGCCUUGUAUCUGGCUAAAGAUUCUGCCCAUGUGCUCUCCCAUUCGGCUCAUCUUUGUUACUGCAAAAUAACAGUAGCCUAUCAUCUCAUAUUGAGUUGAGUUUUUUUGGAGAUGAACAGGGAUAUCCAGCCAUUAACCUCCAACAUUCAUCAGGAACAAAGAAGCAUGGAAAUAUUUUCAUAUUGGGGAAGUCCAGCGCAGAGAGAAAUACCCACUUGGAGAAAUCAGAAGGAGAAAUGCAAAAAGAGUGGGACUUGAGUAAUUAAAAAGAGGGAAGAGGGAAGCCUUAAGAGUUUAGAUCUUCUGCAGCAAGAUGUGAAAAGUUCGAUUCUAACUCCUUUGGAACAUUCACUACAUUUUAAACAGGUUUUUUUUUAAAUAAAAAUGUUGUAUCUAUUUUGUUUGCAAACAUGAUUGCAAAAUUCAAAAGCGAUGCUACAUGACGUGUAAUAUUUGAGGUCUCAAAAUGCUAUAUCAAUUGAGUUUUCAGGGUAUCCUUUAAAACAAAAUACAAAAAAAAAACCUUUGCUUGUUUAAAAUGCCAGUUGUGAUGUUGUAACCAGUUUAAGAAAAUAUGAAUGUGAGUGGUAAGUAUAUCUCAGUUUAAAUGGUAAUCUUAAGGUGAAAAGGUGAACUGUGGCUUACGUUUGUAUUUUUUUCCAGAAUUCUUUUCCCCCCUAUGCAGUAUUAGUUUUUUUAAAAAAAUAAGCAUAAGGAAAAGUGUCUUGAUUGUUUCAGACUUAAAGAAUGCCAUUUCAGGAAUGGAAUGACUUCUAGAUAUGGAAUGUAAGAAAAGAAGUUUGUUCUCCAAGCCCUUGAUAAACACCAAGGCACAAGCUAGGAAAAAAAAUAUUCUGGAAUGAAAUAAACACUAUAAUAGAUUUACUCUAAUGUAAUUACCUUCUCAAAGGUUAUGAUCCUAGGUGUGUGGUUUUUUUAAAAAAAAUGUUUUCAGGUGAAGACGCAAGAAAACAUAUCCCACAGAUCCUGAAAUAAGGAUUAUGUAAUAUAUAAAAAAAAAUCAAAACUGAAUGAAAUCCAUGAGACAAAAUUCUGUUAUCGGUUUUAUUUGAACAAUAUGUAUUUAUUAGCCAUAGGCAGAACAGCUACUUAAACUAUACUACAGCACUUUGGUUUUUCACUUUGAUGAGCACUUUAAAUAUGUAACUUUGCAAAGCCCUUCAGCUUGAAAAUGCUAGAAGUUAUAGGAGGUUAAAGCAGAUCUGAAAAUGGGUUUUCUCAUCCCCCCUCCAUCCCUUUUCCUCCAACGUGU